GUUCUUGUGUUGAUCCGGUGACAUAUGACUCGUUCGACAUAAAAGGUGCUCGUAGCUUGGAGGCAAUGGUGCAGACUCAUUUUGCUAGUGGAGCAUAUUAUAUUGAGUUAUAUGUACAAUUUACGUCGCCAACUGAUGUACUUCCGUCCGGUGUUCGAGAUGUAUACACGACCCCUGGUCGACACUUGGUUAGCGGGUUACAAAAUACGGAACAGCCCAUGUUCGGUAGCGGUGUCGAAUGCACAUCCCUCGCAAGACACUCUGUUGGUGGAUGGGACAUGUACUUCGGUGGCUCGACGUUUGAUGCUGGAAAUACGUACUGGGGAACUGCAUCAAGUUCUAGUGGAUGGCAAUCUACAUCCAAUUGGGGACGUUAUCAAAUGCCCAGAAGAAGGGAUGACGUACUACCUACAACGUCAACCAGUGAGGGGACGUCGUACGCUGCAGAUGAUUGUGGGUUAAAAGAUGACUCCGAUGUGGAUCCACCUCGAGAGCCCGGGCCGGAUGGUGAAGAAGUGGGAUUAUUUUUUGAACCGGAGCCUAUUCCAACAGAAGGUGAAGAUGCUGAAAGGAGUUCAGAUGAUGAAAAAAAUCCACGAUUCAGAGCAUACUCACCUCCAGCCCACAUGCAUAAUGUCGAUCUGUCAGCAGAUGAUGCGUUAGAGUUUCCAGAUCUACCACACCGGUUGCGCGAUCGUACAAGUUCGGGGGUAUAUUUCAGUGAACUUGAAGUUGGUAAUCAGUUUACCAACAAGAAUAGUUUUAUUGGUGCUUUGAAAUAGCAUAGCAUCAAAAACAGCGUUAAUUACCAUGUCUUUAAAUCAAAAUCUGAUAAGUUUGAGGCGAAGUGUGCGGUGCAAGACGACACAUGUUCAUGGAAAAUCGUCGCCUCGUUAAGGAAAAUGACAGGGUUGUGGGAGAUAAAAAAGUACAAAGGUCCACAUACAUUACUGCGGGUGUUUCACAAGAUCAUCCCAAAAUGGAUUCAGCUAUGUUAGCUAGCUUGAUACUGCCCACGAUAAAAGCAGAUCCUAGGACUUCAGUGUCGGUGAUAAUUGCCAAUAUCCGUAGCCAAAUGGGGUACACACCCUCUUACCGCAAGGCUUGGAUAGCUAAGCAAAAAGCGUUGGAGAAGAUGCAUAAUUGGUGGGACGCCUCAUAUAAUGAAAUAUGGCAGUGAUGUCAGGUGCUAGAGAGAUACAUCCCAGGUGCCAUCACAGACCUUGAAACGGAACAUGCGUACUACAACGGCCGAUUGGUACGUGGAUGCCAAGUGUUCAAACGCCUAUUUUGGACCUUUAAACAAUGCCGAGAUGCAUUUCCAUACUGCAAGCCGUUGGUACAAAUUGACGGUACCUUCAUGUUCUGUAGGUAUACUCAUCGGCUAUUGGUUGCAGUGGCACAGGACGGCGGUGGGAGAAUUCUUCCAAUUGCAUUUGCAAUAACACCGAGGGAGUCGUCUGAUGACUGAGAUUUCUUUCUCUCUAGGUUAAGGAGGCAUGUGUGCCCCCAACCUGAUAUCUGUGUUAUUUCAGCUCGGGGCGCCGGUAUACUAGCUGCAUUUGAUCGAGAGGGAAGCUUGUAGCAGUGCACACACCAUAGAUAUUGCCUAAGACACGUUGCUUCGAACUACUACAGGCAAUAUCCAUCUAAGAGCGAAUGACGACAAGUGACCAACAUGGGUAUUUAGUCUAUAACUGUAUUAUUUCGUUUGUCAAUUUGAAUUAGUUUUAUUGGUAGAAGUGGUAUAAAAGAUUCGCUAUGAUCUUAUAUUGGUAGGGUAUGAAAUAAAUAAAGGUCGUUUUCACAAAAUGUUGGCAAUUUUACGAUCCCAAAAUGGAGAAGGGGCGGACUACCUUUGUAACAUACGUUUCGAACAGUGGGCACAAGCAUACGACGGAGGCCUACGAUAUGGCCAUAUGACGUCGAACCUGGCAGAAUGCAUAAAUUCUGUUCUUAAAAGAACGCGCCAUCUACCGAUAACAUCGGUUGUGCGAGAGACAUAUUUCUGUUUGGUGGCGCUAUUUCCAAAGCGAGCAGCAACUUAUGCAGGCCAGAUGCAGGGUGGCCAUAUAUGGUGCAGUAAGGUAGUUCAAGAAAUUAACAAGGCGAAGGCUAGGGAAAACAUCAUGCACACAGUGUGUCACGAUUGAGACAAUUUAUGGUUUCGCGUGACGGAGUUUGACAGACCGCACCAAGGUGUUAUUGGCGGGCAAUAUCGUGUACACUUGCAAAAUAAGACUUUUGACUGUGGGAAGUUUGAUGCACUUCGUUAUCCAUGCGCUCAUGUUAUUGCAGCUUGUCAGAAACUCCGUCUGGAUCCGAUGAGUUAUGUGGACGAAGUGUACAAAUUAGAAAACAUGUACAACGUAUGGAGACACGUUUUCCCACCGGUCCCAGAUGAACGUAAGUGGCCGCCCGUAUCUCUUGCUCCUUUGAAGCUGUUACAGGAUAGAGAAUUGCGUCGCAAACCAAAGGGUCGACCUUGCUCCAUUAGAAUACGGAACAAUAUGGAUAUCCGAGAAACAGCCAGUCAACAGAAGUUGUGCGGAUGGUGUAGGAACCCAGGCCAUACAAGUCGAUCAUGCCUUAAUCGCAAUAGUUGAAUGUAAUUUUAGAAAAAAAAUUAUAUUUUAUUCAAUUAUUAA